GAGUGCUUUGAGAAGCGCAGCAAGGACUUGAUGGCACUGGUCAGACCGGAGGGGGUGAGCUGGGGCAGACAACAAAGCAGGGGCGUACGUGAGGCUGGUUGGCCUUCGCGUGUCAUCGGCUGUUCGCUCUCACCCAUCACCCCCCCGCUUAGCCCAGUGCCUUUCUGACCCAAGGCUCUGUGAGGGAGCUGGAGGGCUGUGACUCUCCCCUGCCUUCCUGGUUGCUUUUUUAACGCCUCACAAACAUACCGCGUGCUAUCAAGCAGUUACACGACAGCCACAGUAACUCCGUAUAACUUUUGAUGGAAAUAUUUACGUAGCCGUACGUCUCCCGCUACGCUCCCUCCGGCGGCCCACCCUUCGGUCGCUCAGCCCUCAGCCCUCCCCUCGUCCCGAUGAAGCCCGCCACAUCCCGCUCGGGAGCGGCCCCUCGGACGGCGGCAGCGUGCAUUCAAGUCUUACGCUGUGCGACACCUCCCCCUGCCGGCCGGAGGGAGCGACGCCGAGCUGCGCCCGCACAGCCCCCCGCCCGUCGGCCAAUCAGCGCCUGCUAUCCCCCCGCCCAAAAUGCUCCCCGCGCCGCCGGUGCGGGGGCGUGCGGCAGGUUUCCGUGUGGGGAGGUAGCGGAGGUUGGCGGCUGCUGGGGCAGGGCUCGGUGUGGGCGGGGGAGGACGGAGCCGCUCGGGGGUGGUGAGCAGAGGCUGUGCCGGUGGAUGAGUGCUCCCGCCGGGAGAGCAAUGGGCGAUGAGGGGAAAAGCCGCGUCUCUGUGGAGCUGUCCGACGGGUCGGAGUCGGAAUCCUUCUCGGACCUGGUGGGUAAACCCUCACCCGGGAGUCAACCGUUGUCUGGCGAAGAGGAGCGGGAGAGGCGGGCCUACCAACCUUUGAGAGUGUUCUUGAGGGUGAGGCCCUUUUCUGUAGCAGAACUGGAAAACCAUGAAGCUCAGGGUUGUGUAACUAUUGAAGAUCCCCAGACAGUAAUUCUUCAUGCGCCCAAAGAAUCUCCUGCAAUGAAAAACUGUGAAAGAGGAAUUGGUCACUCUGUACAUAAAUUCACCUUUUCUCAGGUCUUUGGGCCAGAAACUACUCAAAGCGAAUUUUUUGAAGGCUCAACAAAAGAGAUUGUGAGAGCAUAUGUUAAUGGAGUAAAUGGACUGGUAUUUACUUAUGGCGUUACAAAUGCAGGCAAGACAUACACUAUCCAAGGAACUUCAAAAGACUUUGGUAUUUUACCUCGCUCACUUGACAUGAUUUUUAACUACAUAAGAGGCAGGCAGUAUCUGAAGAUGAAUUUUAAACCAUAUUUGAGUAAUGAUGUUAAGAAAUUAGAAGAGGCCCAAGUUAAACAAGAAGAAGCCAUAAAAACCACUCUUCUGGCAUCACUGAAAGAGGAGACUGAAAGCAUCUCAAAUACUGUUGCAAAUAUGUGUCACGUGGAGUCAACUUCUUCCAAAUGUACUUCAAGAAAUCUGCCUUCUGAUUCACUAGCAGAGAAGAAUUUUGUUCCGAUUGAUGCCUAUCGGACCAAUAUACACCAAAGAACACAAGCAUCUGUGUGGGUUUCUUUUUGUGAGAUCUAUAAUGAAUAUGUGUAUGACCUCUUAAGUGUGUUAUCUACACUAAAAAAUCAGAGGCGUAGAGUCUUAAGAAUUUGUGAAGAUCAAGGAGGAAACUCUUAUAUUAAAGACUUAAAGUGGAUUAACAUUCAGAGCACUGAAGAAGGCUGCAAAGUACUAAAAAUAGGAAACAAGAACCGAAGCUUUGCUUGUACUAGAAUGAAUGAGCAAUCAAGCAGGAGUCACAGUAUAUUUUCAAUCCGGCUACUGAUUCUAACUGAUGAACAUCAACCACAUGUUCUUGGAGUUUCAGAGUUGACUUUCUGUGACCUAGCUGGGUCAGAGAGGUGUAAUAAGACACAAGCCUUUGGAGACAGACUAAAAGAAGCAGGAAACAUUAAUAAUUCUCUUCAUAUCCUUGGAAAAUGCAUUGCAGCACUGAAACAGAAUCAAAAUCCAAAGAUGAAGCCAAGCUAUAUUCCAUUCAGAGAGAGCAAAUUGACUCGCUUGUUUCAGCCAUUCUUUUGUGGAAAAGGCAAAGCUUGCAUGAUUGUAAAUAUCAAUCAACAUGCUAGUACAUAUGAUGAAACACUGCAUGUAAUGAAAUUUUCAGCUAUAGCCAAACAGGUUAUCCAGACUGUCCUACCAAAAAGUUUAGGUGACUUUCCACCCAAGUUAGUUGGAGGUGAUGGCAAAUCUAUUGUACGUUUUGAUGUGAACACGUCUGUGGAUGACUUUCCUGACAGUAAUGAAACCUUUGCAGAAGAGGAAGUGGACAUCACCAUUCUGAGUCAUGAGGAUCUCUUGAAAACUGCGGAGAACCUGAAAGAGAAGCUAGUUGCUGAAAGGCAAAGUAAACUCCUUCUUGAAGUGAAUAUACGUAGAGAGAUGGCAGAAGCAAUGUUCCGACAGCUGCUGGAAACAGAGGAAGCCUGGAGCAACCGCUUGGAAGAUAUGAAAGACAGUUAUGAAGAAAAACUGGAGAGCAAAUUUGAACUGUACAAAGAAGCCAUCAAGAAGCAUGCAUACAUGUGUGCAAUGGAACAAAUUGAGGACCAUUAUGUUCCCAUAGAAGAAUUUAUAGCAGAACAAGAGAAAGUUGAGGAUAGAGAGAGUAAAAUAUUGCAAUUGGAAAGGCAGCUUCAUGAACAGUCAGGAAGGCUGUUGACUUUGGGAAGUCCACGUUCAGAUGUACUGAAUACUGAAAAUGGCGUGGAACCAGAUCUUACAGACAAGAUGAUGAAGAGAGCCAAUGAAGGACUGCAGAAACAGUGCCUGGAGAAAGAUGAGCUUAUAAAAUCUUUGAAGCUUAAAAUACAGAAAUUAAAUGAAACAGUGCUGGAAGCUAAUGAAGGCUACAGAAAAAUGGCAGAAGAGAACAGCAGGCUGAAGCAUACAAUCAUGCUUAAGGAUCAAGAAAUGAAUAGUCUCCAGAACUGGGCUAAACGUGUCCUUGAGCUUGAAGAAACAGUGUCUUCUCUGCAAAAAGAACUUGAUGAACGCAAAAAGCAUUUCUCUAUUGAGGACUCAAAACAGCAGAAACCCAGGAGAGGUUUGUUGGCUAACCUGAAAUCCACAGUAGCAGUGUUGUGAAAUGAAUGUUACAUUCAAGGAUAUGGAGGAGCUGUUUUAAAAGACAGCUGAAGACUAAAUCUCUUCCUCCCCUCCCAAAAGAAACACAGAUGCAGAAAUGGCUGGCUGCUUCGGUGGCUUCAUGCUGAACUGAUGUAAGGCAAGCAGAAUCCAUUAAUAUUUACCAUUGUAAAAUAAACUCAUCAAUGGUAAUGAACAGAUGUUCUGUCUGAAGCUACUGCUACAGAUGGAUAGAAUAUUUUUUUUGUCCCAAAUUACUACUGUGCAACUUGUUUCAGACUAAGUGUUUAUUAAAAUUAAAAAUCACCAUAUAAUAGAAACAGUAUUUACAUAUUUCACUGAUAGUCUGCUUAAACAGCACAGUUUGACUGAAGGAAGCCAAUGGAGAAAAAGCAAUGAUUGUUGAUGCUGCUGAACUUUAGCUGCAGGCACACCAAAGCUUAAUGAAAAGAUUCUGAAGCUUCUGCAAAGUACCAUUUGCCUGAAUAACUGGGUAAGGUGAGAGGUGGCAAAGAUGUCCUGGGUUUCGGUGGUCAGAGCCUUGUCACCAAGAGGAAAAACCAACAUCUAUACUGUAGGUGCAUUGUAACUGCACUAGCUCAUCUGUUUGGUCAUUUGGAUGAAAACAAUUUAAUACAUAGAGCAUAGCAAACUGCAUUUCCUUUCUAAGAACUACAGAUUUAUAUACGAGCAAAGUUAUAGUGUCUCUGCAGUUUAACUUACUUAAUAUCCCAUUGCAUCUUUCCACAAAUUGGUUUGGGCUGUGCUUGAGCUAGUUUUAGCUUUAAAACAGCUCUAGGGUUAGUUGAUUGAAGCAGCAAAAAUUAAGAAAUAUUCUCAAAUAAUCACAGAUGAUUAAAAAUUAAUCUUAAAAUAUUUUCAUGGGUAACAGUGACUGCAAUGAAUGUAUGAACUUCCUUCGCCAUCCUGUGCUUUCCCAUCAACUUUACAUGAUGACUUAGGCCUUGUGGAAAACUGGAGGUCGAACGCAGAGCUGGGCAUGCUGCUGAGUCUGCCUUCAUGGAUGCUCUUCUGCAUCUGAGAUGGCUGUUGCAUUGCUUUGAAAAGGAUUUUAAAUUUCAUGAGUAACAGCAGUAAAACAAUCAUUUUCAAUGUAUGGAAUUACAUCCAUAGCCCUUCCUUAAAAGAAAUCAUAUUACACCAUUUACAAAGUCUGACAGGAUAUGAUGGUAUUCCAACUACUAGUGUGAAAUAACAA